AUGGGAAAAUCGAUCGUGACUAGUGUCAGAUUUGCAGAAUUCGCCAUAAGAGUCUCUUCCGAGAAUCAAACCAGACGACCCCACAGACCAACUCCUCGGAACAAAGUCUUCGUCAAGAAGACGACCACCAGAGAUUCAAACCUCGAUUACUCCAAUCUGGUUAAGCUGGAGAAGACGGGUUCGCACUCGGGUUCGAAUCCCGCUCUUCCGGGUUCGGAUCCAAAUCGUGUUCCUCUUGCUCAGGUCGUCGAAGACUGCGUGAGACGGUGGUUUCAGGAUACGCUCAAGGAGGCUAAAUCCGGCGACGUUGGUAUGCAGGUCCUGGUCGGACAGAUGUAUUGUAGCGGAUAUGGAAUCCCCAAAGACGAACACAAGGGUCGUGCUUGGAUUAACAAAGCUUCAAGAACUAGAUCAUCAGCUUGGCAAGUUAGUGAUAAGCCUCCAGGUUAUAACGCAAGCGAUUCAGAUUCGAACGAUAAGAAAGAAUGA